AUGCCUCUGCUCGACCUGCCAAACGAGCUUCUGCUCGCUAUAGCAAACCCCCUGGACUCCGAGGGAGACAUCAACGCACUGGUACAGACCAAUCGUCACUUCCACAGCCUUCUCAAUUCACAUCUUUACAAACACAAUGUCCUACACAACGAAGGAUCCGCACUCGAAUGGGCCGCAGCCCACGGGAUACUGGCAUCAGUCAAAGAAUUCAUCCAACAAGGUGCGCGGAUCCAAGGCCUGGUUUCGAGUCAGCCCUUGCUCAAUGCAGCACGCUACGGCCAUGUUGAGGUGGUAGCUUAUCUGCUCUCACUUGGCGCCAAUCCUUACUCUGAGGAAAAAAGACCUCUCAAACGAACCCCAAUCCAAUGGGCUAUCCGCUACAAUCACCCAGAAGUCGUCAAAGCUCUGAUCGAAGUGGGAGUUGAUCCAAACGAAAGGGACAAGAAGGGAGAAUCACUAUUGCAUUUCUCGGCCAAAGAGUCCACAAGGAACAACGAGGCAGCGACCCAGGUUCUCAUCGCCAAAGGCGCAGAGCUCGAAUCCAAAAACUUUAUUGGCGAGACACCAUUGUGCACAGCAUGUGUCUCUGGCUCAAUGGAAGUAGCGCUAUGCCUGAUUGAAAAUGGCGCUGACAUCAACUUCAAAGACCGGGACCAAAACAAAUCACUACUCCAUCUAGCAGCGCUGAAGAACAAAGUCCAAAUCGCCGAAAUGCUACUAGAAAAAGGAGUCUCAAUCGAAGUCAAAGAUUCCCACGGCAACACACCACUCCAUUAUGCCUGCUACAACGGCUGCAAGCAAUUAGCCCUGUUCCUAGUCAGGAAAGGCGCAAACAUGGAAGCACAAUCAGCAACUGGAAACAGACCAUUGCACCUAGCCACAGUUUGGGAAACGCGGAUUCAACAAAUUGACGAAAGUCUUCGGGUCACUUCAAUGCUGCUAGCACUAGGCGCAUCCCCAGAGCCGAAAACCGAUAGUGGAGUUACACCCCUGCAUCUUGCGAUGAAGAAGGAUGGGCACAUUUUAUGCAAUAUCCUACUCGACUACGGGGCCGAUCCCACAUCGAGAGAUCAUCGCGGUCGUACGCCGCUUCAUUAUCUACCGAAGAGUUAUUGCACAAGAUCGGCGGAGCUUUUGUUAUCUCGUGGUGCUGCUGUCCAGCCCCAGGACAACAAUGGUGAUACGCCUUUGCAUAUAGCUGCCAGCGAGACAUUGCCAGACUUUGUUACGCAAUUGCUAGUUGCUGGUGCUGAUCAAAACAUUAUGAAUAAGCAGAAUAAAACUCCGAUUGAGCUUACGGUGACGGCGUUCUCGGAUCGAUGGGCGGAGCAUUUAUGUCCGUCAAACGAGGCUCGCGACAUUCUCCAGGCUGCAAAAGAUAAAGCAACUCCUGAUUUGGGAGGCAGGUGA